AUGGGUAGCAUGGGUUGCGGAAAAUCGGGAGCAAUGGUGAAAAAGGAAUUAAUAAGUGCUUACCUGUUUUCCCUCUUUCUUUCUCCUGUCAUUUCUUUUUGGGAAUGUAGCGUUCGUAAAAUGAGGUAUUCAUUUAGACCUGAGUGGUAUAUCAUGGAAGGUGCUAAAGUGACAGUCAGAAAAGCCAAGAAAAAGCAAGUCAAGGAUGAGCUCGAUCGUAUUAAACAGGCUGAGAAGAAAAAAAGGCGCCUGGAGAAGGCCCUGGCCACCUCAGCAGCCAUACGUUCGGAACUCGAGAAAAAGAAGCAAAAAAAGAAGGAAGAACAAGAAAGGCUCGACGAGGAAGGUGCUAGAAUAUCAGAGGCCGUUGCUCUGCAUGUCCUACUUGGUGAAGAUUCGGACGAUUUGCAUAAGAAUAUUAUUAUGGAGAAAGAUGAAGUGCCCACUCUUUGGGACCAUGAAAUCAUCAUGGGACAAGGUCAACCUUUGAUCCCGUUUUCUGAUUUUUCGAGAUAUUUUCAGCUCGCGAAUAUUGGGUUGGUAUCGGAAGCUCGUGCCUACGUGCCAUUGGGGAAUUAUUGGGAAAAUUCUAAUUUUAUGGUCUCGUCUGAUCCUAACUAUGUGAGGAACUUUUGUUCUUCGGUGUAUUUUGGAGAUGAAGUUUGGGGUUCGGUCGGUCAUCUUGCUGCUCAUGCAGAAUCUUCGCUCAAGAUAGCAGAUGAUGAUGACGAUGCUUAUGUAUUGAAUCAUGUGUUGAGAGGUAUUGUGAAGUUGCAAAACAACAUAAACGAAAUGGAGAAACGAAACGAUCCUACACAAAGGCGACAAUACGCUUAUGCAAAAAGUGGAUUUUCCAAUUGUCAAUCUGAGCUACUUGUUGGUUUAAUCCCAGGUGUGAUAAAGGUCUUGAGCCAGCAAGCUUGGGUCGUAGGUUUUGGCGAGUUUGUGUCUGUAGCCGUGUUUGGACUGUUUGUCGAGAAUCCUGCUAAAAAUCGACACGCCACUUUGCUGGCUGUGACAAUUUCG